AUGGCCACCACCGUCGUCCCCUCGAGCGUGCUGCCCGCCCGCCUGGAGCAGAAGGAGACCAUCGAGACGCCUCCAAGAGCACCAUCGCCAGUCCAUCGCUUCGGAACAAGAGCUGUGCAUACUGGAGCGCCUAUCGAGCCCACCACUGGUGCUGUCAUCGCUCCUAUCUCUCUGUCGACCACCUUCAUACAGCACAGCCUGGGAAAGCCAAUCGGUGACUACGAGUACACCAGAAGCUCCAAUCCCAACAGAGACAACUUUGAGGCUGCAGUUGCGGGGCUUGAGAACGCCCGCUAUGCGCUCGCCUUCUCGUCCGGCUCUGCCACCACCGCCAACAUCCUCCAGUCGCUUGCCGGCGGCUCUCACGUCGUCUCCAUCUCUGACGUCUACGGAGGCACCCACAGAUACUUCACCAAGGUCGCUGCCGCCCAUGGCAUCGAGGUCACCUUCACUCCCACCAUCGAGAUCGACGUGUCCAAGCUGAUCCGUCCCAACGAGACCAAGCUCAUCUGGAUCGAGUCUCCUUCCAACCCGACCCUGGGGCUCGUUGACAUCCGCCAUGUUGCUACCAUUGCUCACCAGCACGGCAUCCAGGUCGUGGUCGACAACACCUUCUUGAGUCCCUACAUCCAGAACCCCCUCGACCACGGAGCUGAUAUCGUCAUCCACUCCGUCACCAAAUAUAUCAAUGGUCACUCUGACGUCCUUAUGGGUGUUGCGGCCUUCAACUCCGACGAGAUCAAGACCAGGCUGACCUUCCUUCAAAACGCCAUUGGUGCCGUCCCCUCCGCCUUCGACUGCUGGCUCGCCCACCGCGGUCUCAAGACCCUUCACCUGCGCGCCAGAGAGGCCACCGCAAAUGCUACCCUGAUAGCGCAUGCCCUCGAAGCUUCCCCCCACGUCCAGAGCGUAAACUACCCCGGCAUCGACUCCCACCCCCACCGCAAGAUUGCCAUCAAGCAGCACCGCAAUGGCAUGGGCGGUGGAAUGCUCAGCUUCCGCAUCAAGGGAGGCCGUGAAGCCGCUGAGCGUUUCUGCCAGUCGACCCAGCUCUUCGUCCUGGCAGAGAGUCUUGGCGGUGUGGAGUCCCUGGUCGAAGUCCCCGGCUCCAUGACCCAUGCCGGCAUCCCCAAGGAACAGCGUGAGAUUGCAGGUGUCUUUGAUGACCUCAUCCGUCUCAGCUGCGGUAUCGAGGACGGCGAAGAUCUCAAGGCAGAUGUCCUCCAGGCCCUCGAGAAGGCCCUCGUCGCGCCAAAGAUCAAUGGCGGCAACAGUUCCAACGGCGCUUAA